AUGCCGAGCACACCUUCGAGACGCCUAGCACGCACCGCUUCAGAUCAAGUGCUUCUCAGUUCUUCGCCCAGCACUCGCAGCACACUGGCAACCACACCCACACGUCAAUCUGCGGCUCUAUCAGCUUCAAGCAGAAAGCGAUCACGCAACGACAUCGACUUUGACCUUGAAGACGCAUCUCUCCCCACCAGCCCUCUCUCUCGCAUGCGGCUCAAGACUCCUACCCCCAGACGCACUUCGUCAUUGCAGCAGCUCGACAGUCCGAGCACGUCACACUACACACCAAGCUGGAUUGCUGACGAAGAGUCUACAUCCUAUUUUCCCGUCUCCUCGCAAGAUUCGGCGCAAAGCUCUCUGUUUGACACUCACAGCAUCUCCGAGAGUUCCUCUGCACUCACGUCCUGUUGCUCUUCUGACCACGACGUGUCCGCCUCAGUGAAAUCUGUGCUGCUCGAAUCCGCAAGCCAGCAAAAGUACUCGAGCGUCUACGCACAUGCAAGAGCACUGCUUCGAUACGCGGCUGGUGUCGAUCCGGCUGAGACUGAGGCGGGCCUCACCAUCACCAACGCUGCCAUCUGCAAGCUCGGCGGACACCACGUCAAGGUAGUUGGUCGCGAGUCGGAGCGCGUCGCCAUCCAGCUCUUCUUGCAGUCAACGUUUGGUCUUUUUGCUGAGGCGCCCAAGAGAGCUGCCAGUCUCAAUGUCGAGCUCGAUGGCGAUGCCGAAGCCGCCUGCCUCUACGUCUGCGGUCUGCCAGGAACAGGAAAGACAGCGCUCGUUCGCUCCGUUCUCAACAGUCUUUCUGAAACCGUGGUUUGCUCGUCAACCUCUCCCAGCUUGCCUCGUGUCGCGUUUGUGAAUUGCAUGACGCUGUCGCAUCCACGUCUGAUCUUUGCCAAGGUUUUGCAGGCGCUCGGCUCCAACGCUGCUGAAGGGCAGUCAGACGCGUUUGCCGAGCAGGCGCUGUCGACCUUGAUCCGCGACGGUAACCAGCGCAUCCUCAUCGUUCUCGACGAGAUGGACCAUCUGCUGCAGAGCCGUGCUCAUCAGAACAUCCUCUACAAGAUUUUCUCGUGGACUUGCAAGUCUAACGCUGCUGCUGCUACCAGCGGUGCUCGUGGAGGUGCCGCUUGCGGUCUGAUUGGUAUCGCCAAUUCGCUCGACCUCACCGAACGCUUUGUACCGCUACUGGCGAGCAAAGGUGCUUCGCCAGCCUUGCUGCACUUUCGUCCGUUUGAUGCCGAUGAGAUCGUCUCGGUGAUUCGUGACAGGCUUUCUGCGCUGUAUGAACGCUACGAUGAUCAGGACAACGAGACUGUCGCUGCUGAACGAUGCGCAGAGCACGACUCGCUCGCGCUGUUUACUCCUACUGCAGUCGAGCUACUCGCCAAGAGGAUCGCCGCGGCCACUGGCGACUUGCGAAAGGCACUCGAUGCUGCACGUCUGGCUGUCGAAUUGGUCGAAAACGAGCAACGCAAAAAGGCGCUGGCGCAGGUCGAAGCUGAGCGAGUCAAAGCACAUCGGACUUUGGCAUCGGCAGAGCCGGGCGAAGCAGCCGUAGACGCUUCGACCACUGCCACUGCUGAGUCGAUCACGUCCGUACAAGUCGAUCAACCUGACAACGCCAGCGCAGCACGAGCCAAGCUGUUGUGCCACUUGACCCGCACCUCUGCACCGAAAGUGGGCGCGACACAGAUUCUCAAAGUGCUCACAUCGGUGCUCGGCUCUCCGAACCUCUCGAAAGUGCGCGCGCUGGGUGUGCAUCCCAAGCUGGUCCUUCUAUCCAUCCUCAUCAGCCGAGCUAGAGCUGAGCAGGGAUUGAGCGUGCUAGGCAGUGGCAGCAGUGGCAGCAGUGGCAGUCGCUUAUCGAGCACUUGCUCUGCUACGCGCAUCGCCGAUGUGGAAGCCACGUACCACGCGAUCCUUCGACAAGAGCAUGGCCUAUUUACCCCACUCGAGGCGUCCGAGCUGCUCGACGUGUUCGACAUGCUUGAAGUGAACGGGGUGAUUCGGAUUUCCAGCCAAGUCGAGACGCUCACUACGCCUUCCGGUAGCGCGCUGACCACGAGCAGCGUUGUUAGCCCGAGCGGUAAACGCGCGGCUAAAAAGCAACUUCUGGCGAGCAGCAGACACGUCUACUUGGCCAUGAGCGCGGAUGACGUCGAACGUGGGAUCUGCACUUGUAGUGCCAGCGUCAGUUCGACUGCCUUGGUCGCGGGUGCAAGUGUCGCUGUGGCCGAGACAAUCGCUAGGAUUUGGGCGAGGGAGAAGGAUCGCGCGGUCAAGGCCAAGGUUUACCAAAGCAUUGCUCAGGAAACCGCCAGGAUCAGACAGGACGAAUUGGGCGGUGGAAGAAUGGGUGUCCCCGUCGGCAGCUUCUAG